UGCCCGUGGGGAAGCUGCUGAUUUUUUGGGCACAUAAAUCAGCUUGUUCCGAGGAAAAAAGAAAUCUAGAAAUCCUGUGUUUGUCUUUGCGAUUAACUGGAUUCUUGUACCUGUUUAGUGGAGGUCAGUGCCUGGUCGGGAGUAACGAGGGGCCCAUUGUGAGCGAGCCCCGGCUCGUGGGGCGAGGGCAGGCGGCCCUUUGCUGUGUUUUGCAGAGCAGGAACUAAACCUCUUUCAUUGCGUUCUGGCAUGGACUCAGGUGAACUUCAGAAAGGUAAAAUAUAUCCCAUUCAAUGCAGGGAUGUGGUAAAUUUUUCUGGCCAAAAAACCCCUGAUUUGGCAGAACGAAGCACUCCUUGCGAGAAGCACAGCCCAGGGCAAAAAGGCCGUUGCCAGGUUCUUGAUGGGGAUUCAAGCCUGGAUGAAGCCGCGCGCAGCCAAAAUGCAAAAGGAGCAAAUGGUUACGACUUCUGCCAAAACUCUUGUUACUGGAAAAUGACCCGCCAGCGACAGCUGGAUCGGGGAAGAGCUUUCACAGAGACGAAAGGCAGCUGGGUUCCCAUCACGGGCCUGGGUGGUCAGCUCUGAGUGAUGCUCCCCGGGACCUUGUGUGCUGCUGAGCUCCAGCUGGUGUUGCUUUAACGGGAUUAGGUGGAGCUGUUUGAAGAAACCAUGUUUUGAACACUGGCUGUAGGCUUUCAGGGUCAGAAGGGAUGCGCUCGUGGUUGACAUGCCCCAGGUGAAGCGUUCCUCUCGAGGAGGUCCUCAUUGUGCUGGGGACUGCCACUGGCCAGGUGCCGUUGCUGCGGGGCGGAAUGGGCAGCGUCCUGCUCAGCAAGGAUCGUUUCAACAAAGAGUUGGCAGCUCCACACAGAAAACAAACAAUUUCAACAUCUGCUUGGGUCGCAUUCAGUUUUCUAGUGUUUCGCUUUGUGGGUUGAAUAUACAACUUCCUUCUUGCUUAGAGGAGGAGUUAAUGAUUUAUGGGUCAACUGGCAUAACUCUCCGGUUUCUGCAGAAUUCAAACUUUUCUGGAUGGAGCCAUAUCUGAGCAUGUAGGCGUAACUCCUCCUUCAGCGCCGUGGGGCUGGGGGACUGGACAAGGACAAGGACAAGGGCAGCCAUCACUUCGUCUUGCGUGAGCCGAACACGCCGGGUCUCUCCAUCUCCUGCUGCCAGACCUCCAGGUAUUUGGCCUAGAAAAAGAAUGUGGUAACUUCUGUGGGGUCUCCGGACGGGGAGGCUGGAAUAAAGAAAGAUGCCAGCUUUGGAGCCGAGGAGGCAGAGGGAUCGUGCCGCUCUCCUUGGGUUAUUCCUCGCUGCUGCUCUUGUCGUGGCUGUCGAGAGCGUCUGCGAUGCUCCGCCGCGUAUCCCGUCUGCAGAACUCAAAGAGGAGCAUCAGGGCAUUGCUAUGUUUCCCGUGAAUUCCAGAGUGGAGUACGUCUGUCGUCCAGGUUAUAUGAGAAAUGUCAAUGCCCGAACCAGUCUUGUUUGUGGAAGGAACAAUAGGUGGCACGGAUCACUGGACAUGUGUACACCAAAGCUGUGUGUCUACCCUGGAGAGCCGGCCAACGGCAGACUCAUCCUGGAAGGAAGGUUCACUUUUGGUGCGGCGGUGAACUUCACCUGCAACACUGGGUUCAGACUGGUUGGAAAUUCUCAAAUUCGAUGUGUAAUUAAAAACGGGGUUGUUACAUGGGACAGAGAUAUUCCCUUCUGUGAGGCAAUUCCAUGUUCACCCCCUCCAAAAAUAGCUAACGGAGAGCACAGCGGAGCUGACAAAGAGCACUUUGAAUACGGAACAUCUGUCACAUACCGGUGUCACGCCGUCAGAAGGGGGGAGAAACCUUUCUCGUUGGUGGGAGAUGCCUCUAUUUUCUGUACGACCACAGACAACAUAAACGGUGUCUGGAACAAGCCAGCCCCGGAGUGCAAAGUGGUGGGCUGUGAGCAUCCCAGCGUGGAGAACGGGAAGCUGCUGAGCGGGUACCAGGCUGAGUACACCUACAGAGACACCGUCAUCUUCGACUGCAACUUCCGCUACGCCAUGAAUGGCAGCGACACCUGCACCUGCAGCGAAAACGGGCUCUGGGACCCGCCGCUGCCCCUCUGCCAGCGCAGUAGCUGUGACGACCCUCCAGAUGUGCCUAAUGCUGUUAAAGCAAGACUUGCCGGCAAUUUGUUUCCUGUGGAGACUGUCAUCACCUACGAGUGCAGGGAGGGCCACCAGUUCAGCCCGGGAGAAACCACACGGCACAUUAAGUGUCUGCCGGAUUUCACGUGGACUGAAACUCCGCAUUCUUGCGAAAGAAUUCGUUGCUCAAGUCCAGACAUCAGGAAUGGAAGGCACUUACGUGUAUGGGCGAAAGACGAUUACGUGUAUGGAGACACACUGGAAGUUACGUGCAAUGAUGGCUUUGCUUUCAGAGGCCGUAGCAGUAGCAUUGUGCUUCAGUGUACCAUUGACGGUAGAUGGGAUCCAGCAGUACCGGAGUGCACGCCAGUACCUCGUUGCCCAAAGCCAGAUAUUCCUCAUGGAACAGAGGUCUAUAAAAGCAAAAAUGACUACACAGUUGGGACCCAGCUGAGGCUGGCGUGUGAUUCGGGCUAUCUCCUCAGGGGCCAGGACUUGACGGUGUGUCAGGCCGACACGAGCUGGUCUCCCCCGUUACCGUUUUGUGAUACAGUCUGUGGCCCCCCUCCAAAAAUCACCAACGGGCAGAGCUCUGGCCUGGGGCAGGAGCAGUUUCCCUACGGCACCGAAGUGAAGUACAGCUGUGUGGAGGGUCUGUCCCUCAUUGGGGACACCUCCAUCUACUGCACCUCUGACGACGGGGUGAACCUGACGUGGAGCGGACCGGCCCCGGAGUGCAGGGUGGUCCGGUGCCCCAAGCCCGCAGUGGAGAGGGCCAGGAUGACUCCGCAGAGGCUGACGUUUCCCUACGGGGCAAGCGUGCGGUUCUCCUGUGAGGAAGGCUUCGUGCUGCGCGGCGAUGCCGAGAGCCGGUGCCUGGCCGACGGCGCCUGGCACCCACCCCUGCCCUCCUGCCAGCCAGUUCGUUGUCCCCCGCCCUUGAUAGAGGAGGACAUGACGCUUCGCACUCUUAAAUUAUGGUACGAGGUGAAUGAAACCCUGUCGUUCUACUGCAGACGCAAUGGCAAUCAACAAGUAAAUACACAAUCUACCUGCUCAGUUAACGGCACUUGGAUACCACCGCCCACGUGUAAAAAACGGGAUACAUGUGAGAAGAUUCUUCGACGCAGGGAAGCUUUCCAGUGUGGAAUUCCUCUGACAGAACUGAAAACCCUGCUGGAAGUCCAGAAACUGUACCUGGAGAUCCAGAAACUUGAAAAGGAUCUAAGAAUCACAGCAUAUGGCUGCUCCCGCAUCAUGCUGGCGUCUCUCCUCCACACCAUGCCGGCGUUUCUCCACGGGCUGGGGCAGGUCCUGGCAGUGGUGGUGCUCGUGCUGCAGCCGGCUGGGAGUCUCGAGGGUCAGUGUCCUGUCCCAGCCAUCGCACAUGGGCAGCUGAAACCUGCACAGAACUUCACCUACGGCAGCACGGCCACGCUCAAGUGCGAUGCCGGCUACGUCCCCGUGGGUGCCACCACCCUGCAGUGCCUGAGCAAUGGCAGAUGGCACUCACGGAUGCCCACCUGUGUCCUAGGGGUGCAGUGUCCCAGCCCGACCAUCCUCCACGGGAGGGAGACCAGCCCCAGGAAAGCCGAAUACACCGUUGGGCACCAGGUGGAAUUUCAGUGCGACCCCACGUACGUGCUGAGGGGCAGCCAGAGGAUCCAGUGCUCGGCCGACGGGAUGUGGAGACCCCCGGUGCCGUACUGCGACAAGGUUUGUGGCCCCCCUCCAAAAAUCACCAACGGGCAGCACACUGGCUUGAGAACGGAGCAGUUUCCCUACGGCACCGAAGUGAAGUACAGCUGUGUGGAGGGUCUGUCCCUCGUUGGGGACGAGUCCGUCUACUGCACCUCUGACGACGGGGUGAACCUGACGUGGAGCGGACCAGCCCCGGAGUGCAGGCUGGUCCGGUGCCCCAAGCCCGCAGUGGAGAGGGCCAGGAUGACUCCGCAGAGGCUGACGUUUCCCUACGGGGCAGGCGUGCGGUUCUCCUGUGAGGAAGGCUUCGUGCUGCGCGGCGAUGCCGAGAGCCGGUGCCUGGCCGACGGCGCCUGGCACCCGCCCCUGCCCUCCUGCCAGCCAGUUCUGUGUCCACAACCACAAGUGGCCAAGGGAAGGCUGAAAAGCACUUCGGAAGUUAAAACGUGGUACCAAACAAAUGCGACUGUCACUUUUGAAUGCCUUGAUGGAUACUACUUUCCAGAGGAUGCAGUCACGGCUUCAGAAGAUUCUUGGACGGCCACGUGCUUGCCUGAUGGCAGCUGGACACCGCUGCCCAAGUGUCAGACAAAAGAAGAUGAUGCUGAUGUAUGUGAAGAGGUUCAUCACAUCAGAGCGGUCUUUGAAUGCGGUGUGCCUACAGCAGAACUGAAAACUCUAUUGGAAAUACAAAAACUGUUUCUGGAGAUUAAAAAACUAGAGCUGGAACUAGAAAACUUGAACAAACCGUCCAGCGACAGCAGCUUCCCCGUUGGAUCCAGGGUGACGUACACAUGCAUCGAAGGCGCCGUCAAAAUCCCUGGGAGGUCGGACACGGUGGAGUGCCUGCCCGGCGAGCGCUGGUCAAAGCUGCCCGAGCCCUGCGGCCGGAGCUGCGCUGCCCCGACAAGGCUGCGGUUUGCUGCCCUGACCAAGGAGGACGAGAGGAUUAAUUUCUUUCCCGUUGGGACCAACGUCAGCUACGUCUGCCGCCCCGGCUACGAGAACACCUCGGAAAGUUCCCCCACCAGCACUUGCCUUGAAAACCUGACGUGGUCGGAAGCUGCGGAGCUGUGCCGGAGGAGGUCCUGCGGCGAGCCGGGAGCGCUGCCCGGGGGCAGGACGCUGGUGCUCACCGACCUCCAGUUCGGCGCAAGAGUGAUGGUGUUCUGCAAGGACGGGUACAAAUUAAACGGGAGACAUUUCAUCUACUGCCAGCUUAAAGGAAACGAUGUUGAAUGGAGUAAACUUCCAACUUGCGAAUGUGGACUUAAGAAACAUUUUGCUUUUUCAUUAUUACUGAAGUUUUUCGUAAUGCUCGUGUUGACCUUCUUUCCUGCAGUAAUUACCUGCUCUUCACCUCCUCAAAUUAGCAACGGAAAGCAUGAUGGCGAAGGUGUGGAAAGAUUUGUGUAUAACUCCACCGUGACUUACCGCUGCGACUCCGGCUUUCAUCUCGUUGGAAAUGCCAGCAUCCGCUGUACCAGUAGGGAUAAAACAAACGGCGUCUGGAGCGGAGCUGCGCCUGAAUGCAAAGAGAAAAGAGCAGCUCUCAAACUUGAAGCAAAAGAAAUGGAAAGGAGUCCUCCUCCCCAAAAUUCCCGUGGAAAUGCCGUCCAAGUGUCUAAGAAGGCUUCCAAGUGGGAAAUGAAGCUCAACCUUUAUAAAAAGUCACUCCAAAAUACCAUCUCCUUCUCCCAUUCUUCUUCUUUCUCCAGGACACCAGGUGACUGCGGGCCGUUGCCAGAUAUAAACCACGCGGAGCCCCCGCAGGACACCAAACACCUGGAGAGCUUCAGCGUCGGCUCCAAAGUUACGUACAGAUGCGCCGCGGGCUACAUUAAACGCCCCUUGCUGUCGGACACCAUACAGUGCCUUGCAAACUCCCAGUGGUCCAACCUCACGGAGUUCUGUGGUCGGAAAUCUUGCGGUAUUCCAGCAAAUCCAGAACACGGCAAAGUUAUUACAAAUGAUUAUCUGUUCGGUGCAAAAGCCGAUGUGGUUUGUAACCGCGGGUACGCAUUAAAGGGAGCGUCGCGUCUCGUCUGGUGCUCCCUACGGGGAAGUGAAGUUGCCUGGAGUCAAAUUCCAGCUUGUCAGGCUAUUCCUGACGGGAAGCACACCGGUAAUGGUACGAAGGAGUUCGUGUACGACUCGGUUGUGACGUACACGUGUGACCCUGGGCUCCAGCUGGUGGGAAACGAAACUCUUCGUUGUACGACGGAGAACAGCCUUGUCGGCAUCUGGAGUGGGCCUCCUCCCGAAUGCAGGGCAAGGAUCCUCAUCCCUAUUUGCAUUGGUCUCCUGGUCCUUGGGAUUCCAGCUGUGAUCAUCAGGAAAUGGAAAGACAAUAAAACGCACUCUUUUAAUGUGUCUUUACAAAAGCACAAGACAAAGGGAAGGGAUCUGCCGAUGCACCCAAAGAUAGCGGGUGACGAGAAGCAGCCGGUGCCGUGGCAUUCCUAUUUUUGCCACACGACGAGUUGCCACGUGUGUCCCGGCUGCGAAGAGGGGCUGCACGCCGCCCUGGCCCCCCGCGCCGAGCCCGCGCCCCGCGGCUGUGCCACCUGCGAGGAGUGGCUGCGCGCCCAGCCCCACGCGCCGCGCUCCUACUCCGUCUCCAGCAUCGGCAGCGGGGAGAGCCGGAGCCCUGCGGGCACGAGCUCUCCUCCCCAAAUGGCAGAUGUGCUGAGGGGUGAGGGUGCAGCAGAAGCUGUUCCGGAGCGGAGCGAUGCAGAGCAGCCCAUGGACCGUGAAAGCAACCGCCACGUCUGCCCCGUCUGCGAGGACUGGCUGCGCGCCCACCUCGGCCCGCGGGGACGGGGUCCAGCAGCGCCCGGGGAGCGGCCGGGGGGGCCCCGCCGGCGGGACGAGGGCCCCCAGCGUCCCGUCUGCACUCCCUGCGCCGACCGCCUGCACCUCUCCCUUGUCCACAGCGACACGGCGCGCUGCCCCGUCUGUCCCCUGGCCGGGGAGGGGACCCCGGCUCACCUCAUCCCCCGCCGCACCCCCGGCUGCCACCUCUGCCCCGUCUGCGCGGCACCCACCCACGCGCACCUCUGCCAGCCCCGGCGCCAGGCACACGACGGAACUGCGACGGUGGAGGCUGCUGGAGCGGAGCCCAUCUCCACCCCGGGCAGUAUCGGGGAAGGACCCCGCGACAGGCGCCCGGCUCUGGCCGUUUCCCGGUUGCGGAGCCAGCACCGUUUCGUACCGGAGAGAGGAGAAAGCGGCCGCGCCGUGGGAACGGCCGCGGGGCUCCCGUCCUGCAGCUCCGCGGAGCCGACACCCCGCUCCCCGCGGAUUCCCUCAAUAACCGGACGGGGAAAAAACAACCCACCCACGUCGCGCUGCCUCGGUGACGAGAGUCCAGGAACAGCCCGGUGGCCGCCCGCCCCGGAAGGGGCCGAGCCGCUGCUCUGCGCAUCCGUCCCCGCGGAGCCGGCAACCGGAGCGGCCCCGGCAGCGGCCAUGGGGCUGCGGUGGCUCUGCGCGGUGCUGCUGGCUCUGCCCGGCGCCUGGGGUGACUGCCAGCAGCCGCCGAGGUUUGCCUCUGCGGAGCCGGCCGAGGCCCUGAAGGACUCCUACGCCGUGGGGGACAGGGUGAGGUACCGGUGCCGCCCGGGGUACAUGUUGGCUGGGGGCAUGGCCCCCGUGGUCGUCUGCGAGGUUGGCUCCCGCUGGUCACAGAACGCCGACUUCUGCAUCGGAAAGUCCUGCGGUGAACCAGAAAUCCCGAAUGGCAAGUUUCACUCCACGACCGACCUCCGGUUCGGGGCGACAGUGAACUACACCUGUAACAACGGGUACCGACUAGUUGGGGAGCCAACUUCACAAUGUAUACUUAAAGGCGAUGAUGUUUAUUGGAAUAAAAUUCCCCACUGUGAGAUUAUUCCCUGUUCACCCCCUCCUGGGAUCGAGAACGGGCAGGUUAUGAAUGGGCACAAUGACUUCGUCUAUGGCAUGGUUGCAACUUACAGCUGUAACGAGGGUUUUAGUCUUAUUGGAGAUGAUACAAUUCACUGUACGACGAAUAAUAACCUCGAUGGAAUAUGGAGCGGGCCAGCCCCUGAAUGCAAAGUGGUCAAAUGUGAAAAUCCAGACGUGAAAAAUGGGAAAAAGGUAUCCGGCUUUGGCACUAAGCACACAUAUAAAGAUACAGUGACCUUUGAGUGUAAUCCUGGCCACGUGUUGAAUGGUAGUAGCGUAGUUACUUGUGAAGCAGACAGUACCUGGAAGCCACCUCUGCCAACAUGUGACCCAAGAACAAUCCAAAAGUGCACUGAAGGGGGAGACAAAACUGCCCUCCCCCACCCCCGAGGGGUUUGCUUCACCAGCUUCCAGCCCUGUUGGGGAUGUUUGGCUUCUGAGCUGAGCGGAAUCGGGGCCCUGCAGGUUGGAUUGGUGGCCAGUGAUGGAGCAUCUCCGAGGCAGAGGUGGUACCCAACCCAACCGACACCCCGCUCCCCGCGGAUUCCCUCAAUAACCGGACGGGGAAAAAACAACCCACCCACGUCGCGCUGCCUCGGUGACGAGAGUCCAGGAACAGCCCGGUGGCCGCCCGCCCCGGAAGGGGCCGAGCCGCUGCUCUGCGCAUCCGUCCCCGCGGAGCCGGCAACCGGAGCGGCCCCGGGAGCGGCCAUGGGGCUGCGGUGGCUCUGCGCGGUGCUGCUGGCUCUGCCCGGCGCCUGGGGUGACUGCCAGCAGCCGCCGAGGUUUGCCUCUGCGGAGCCGGCCGAGGCCCUGAAGGACUCCUACGCCGUGGGGGACAGGGUGAGGUACCGGUGCCGCCCGGGGUACAUGUUGGCUGGGGGCAUGGCCCCCGUGGUCGUCUGCGAGGUUGGCUCCCGCUGGUCACAGAACGCCGACUUCUGCAUCGGAAAGUCCUGCGGUGAACCAGAAAUCCCGAAUGGCAAGUUUCACUCCACGACCGACCUCCGGUUCGGGGCGACAGUGAACUACACCUGUAACAACGGGUACCGACUAGUUGGGGAGCCAACUUCACAAUGUAUACUUAAAGGCGAUGAUGUUUAUUGGAAUAAAAUUCCCCACUGUGAGAUUAUUCCCUGUUCACCCCCUCCUGGGAUCGAGAAUGGGCAGGUUAUGAAUGGGCACAAUGACUUCGUCUAUGGCGUGGUUGCAACUUACAGCUGUAACGAGGGUUUUAGCCUUAUUGGAGAUGAUACAAUUCACUGUACGACGAAUAAUAACCUCGAUGGAAUAUGGAGCGGGCCAGCCCCUGAAUGCAAAGUGGUCAAAUGUGAAAAUCCAGACGUGAAAAAUGGGAAAAAGGUAUCCGGCUUUGGCACUAAGCACACAUAUAAAGAUACAGUGACCUUUGAGUGUAAUCCUGGCCACGUAUUGAAUGGUAGUAGCGUAGUUACUUGUGAAGCAGACAGUACCUGGAAGCCACCUCUGCCAACAUGUGACCCAAUGUUAGCCAGCUGCGGUCCUGCCCCGCACUUCCCGUUCGCUGAGUUAACGACGGCUGUGGGUGACAGCUCUCCUGCUGGAACUAUGCUGAGGUAUCAGUGUAAACCGGGCUACACCGAAGCAAUGGGGAAGUCCUCUGUUGUCACUUGUCUGAGUACUUCAACUUGGUCUGCAGACCCAGAUUUCUGCAUACGACAGCAUUGUACUCCUCCCACGAUAGAGAACGGGGACGUGGUUGCAGACGAAUUCGUGUUUGAGGCAGUUGUGACAUUCACCUGUCAUUCCGGGUAUGAAUUAAAGGGUUCGUCUUCUGCCAAAUGUGUGGUGUCAGGAAAUGGAGUCGAUUGGGAUACAGCAGCUCCAUACUGUAAAAAACGGCUCCCAGAGGGUGUCUGUGAAGAGCCCCCCACGAUUGACAACGGGAUGCACAACGGCACCAAGGGCACCGGCUUUGUCUACGGCUCCGUUGUGGCUUAUAAAUGCAAGGAUGGCUUCACCCUUGCUGGAGCCGCCUUUCUUCAGUGUACGGCAGGAGAACAGUCCCGGGGAGUCUGGAGCAAGCCUGCUCCUGAAUGCAGAGGUGGAGCGAACAUCAUCAUUGUGGGAAUCUUCCCCCUCCUCCUGGCGAUGCUGGUUAUGAACAUCUGCUCAGAAAGCAUCCUCUGCUGUGCCGCGUGGGGAGCUGGAGGCUGCUGCGGCUGCACCUACGUCAAAAAGUCCUGUCUGUGGGUUCUUAUUCCCCCAGCCGGCAGCAAGGGCUCCCUGGCAGCCCCAGUCUGCGCCGGGGACCGGAGCAUGGUGCUCGCCUUCGCCCUCCGCCUCCUGGGCAGCUCGGCUUUGCUCUUGGCCACCGCAGCUGGGGCUCGAGGGUUCAAUGCAAACAGCCCCCAGGUACCCCUGGACACGCACCAGCAGGUUCCCAGCCGGGUCCCUUGUGCCCUAUGCCCGUUCCCACACAUCCAGCAUGGGAAGAGAGUGCCCGCUGCUCGCAAUUCCUACAGGAUCGGGGACACCGUGAGCUUCGUGUGCAACGCAGGGUACACCUUGCAGGGCUCCCGCACGAGCACGUGCCGAGCUGACUUCAGAUGGAGCCCACCUCUGCCACAGUGCAAAAAGGAGGUGAUGUGUCCUCGGCCACCAAACAUCGCCAACGGGCUGCACAGCGAGCAGUCCCUGAGCAAGUUUUCCCGGGGAACAGUCGUGUACUACAGCUGCAAGAACGGCUACAAGCUGGUCGGGAACGUGACCAUCAGCUGCACGGAGAGCGGGCUGUGGAGCCGGCCCCUGCCCCGCUGCGAAGCAAUCGGAUGUGAGAUACCCAAGGUGCGGAACGGGAAGGUCUACAACCCUCAGAGCACCUACAAAGCUGGAGAGACCCUUCACUUUGACUGUGACGCCGGGUACGCCACAGACGACAGCUACGAGACUCGGUGCCAGCCGGGGGGAGCCUGGGACCCGCCGGUGCUCAUCUGCGAGAGGGUCCGACCGUGCCCCAUGCCUCCAGCGAUCACUAAUGGAUAUCACAACGGUCAGGGCAAAGCAGUUUUUUCCAUGGGAAUGUUUGUAACAUACAGCUGCGAUCCCGGCUACUACCUGGUUGGAAAUGCCGUUGUGUUUUGCAGAGUGUCUGGGAACUGGAGCCGCCCCGGCCCUCGCUGUGAAGAGGUGAUGUGUCCUCGGCCACCAAACAUCGCCAAUGGGCUGCACAGCGAGCAGUCCCUGAGCAAGUUUUCCCGGGGAACAGUCGUGUACUACAGCUGCAAGAACGGCUACAAGCUGGUCGGGAACGUGACCAUCAGCUGCACGGAGAGCGGGCUGUGGAGCCGGCCCCUGCCCCGCUGCGAAGCAAUCGGAUGUGAGAUACCCAAGGUGCGGAACGGGAAGGUCUACAACCCUCAGAGCACCUACAAAGCUGGAGAGACCCUUCACUUUGACUGUGACGCCGGGUACGCCACAGACGACAGCUACGAGACUCGGUGCCAGCCGGGGGGAGCCUGGGACCCACCGGUGCUCAUCUGCGAGAGGGUCCGACCGUGCCCCAUGCCUCCAGCGAUCACUAAUGGAUAUCACAACGGUCAGGGCAAAGCAUUUUUUACCCUGGGAAUGUUUGUAACAUACAGCUGCGAUCCCGGCUACUACCUGGUUGGAAAUGCCGUUGUGUUCUGUGGGGCAUCUGGGAACUGGAGCCGCCCCGGCCCUCGCUGUGAAGAGUUCGUCUGCAUGAACCCACAUAUAGAGAACGGAAGGCUAAUUGAUGGUCAAGGACUUAUCUCUGCACCUGGGCAAAAGGUGACAUUUCAGUGUCACGACGGUUACAGACUGCAAGGCAGUGCUAAAGUCCUCUGCCAGGAGGACGGCAACUGGUACCCCUCUGUUCCUGUCUGCGACAGACUCUACCCUUACCAGGAGAUCUCAAACAGGCCUAAGACCACAGGUGGUUGUGGUGCUCCUACAAGGUUACACUUUGCUGAGCUAAGUAUCCCUUGUGAGCCGCCUCCGGACAUUCCCAAUGGGAAGCACACGGGCAGGCUGCUGGAUGAAUUCCACUUCGGCACAUCCAUAACAUACACUUGUGACCCCGGGUACCCGCUGCACGGAGAGCCCUCCAUCUACUGCACCAGCCGGGACGGGAAAAACGGCGUGUGGAGCGGGCCCCCGCCGCAGUGCGGAGCUGGCUGCAACGCACCCACCAGCCUGGCGUUUGCUGAGCUGAAGGAGCCGUACAGGAACCUGACUGUCUUUCCCGUGGGGAGGACGGUGGAAUACAUGUGCCGGCCCGGGUACACCCAGCACCUGGGGAUGCCACCGGCCAUCACUUGCCUCGGGAAUCGGACGUGGUCUGUAGCAUUGGAGUUCUGUAAAAGAAAACAAUGUGCUAACCCAGGGGAUCCGGAGAAUGGCAGAGCUCUUGUCCUCACAGACCUCCUCUUCGGGUCCAAAGUGAAUUACACUUGUGAGAUGGGGUACAAGUUGGUUGGAGGCUCCCAGAGAACAUGCGAGGUCUCUGGCACACAUGUCUCGUGGAGUGGGGAUGCUCCUGUCUGCCAGCGUAUCAUCUGCGAUCCGCCUCCGGACAUCCCCCACGGGAGACACAGCGGGCACUCGACGGACACCUUCUCCUACGCGGACGUGGUCACCUACACCUGCAACCCUGGCCACCCACUGGCUGGAGAGCCCUCCAUCUUCUGCACCACGGUGGACGGGGAGCACGGCGUGUGGAGCGGGCCGCCGCCGCAGUGCGGAGAGGUGAAGUGUCCUCCCCCUCCAGGCAUCGCCAACGGGAACCACAGUGGCCAGCCCUCGGCCACCUUCCUCCCGGGCUCGGCUGUGUGGUACAGCUGCAGGGACGGCUACUCCCUCGUCGGGAACGCCUCCAUUAGCUGCACCGCUGCCGGAACGUGGAGCCGUCCCCGACCCCGAUGUGAAGCAACUGGCUGCAAGAGACCAGAGAUCGAGAACGGGAGAACGACUGGGCUGGAGACUGUGUACAAACUCACAGACACCAUUGUCUUUGAAUGUGAUUUUGGUUACGCCUUGAAGGGCUCUCAAGAGUCUCAGUGCCAGUUUGGGGGCACAUGGGACCCUCCUGUCCCCAUCUGUGAAAAGAUGCUACAGUGUCCUUCCCCUCCAAAUAUCAAAAAUGGCCAGCAUGAGAGCAAGGAUGUGAAAGUGUUCUUCCCUGGAACAUCAGUGAAGUACUACUGUGACCCUGGGUACGUCCUCACUGGGAAAACAAUGGUUUCUUGUUUGACAUCUGGAAGCUGGAGCAUCCCUUACCCUCGGUGUGAAGAGAUCACCUGCACAAGCCCCGACAUCCGGAAUGGAGAUGUGGAUGAAGGAUGGAGCGCUGUGUACCGGCCUGGGGCCAACGUCACCUUCCAGUGCCGCCCGGGCCACGUGCUGUGGGGCAGCCCAGAAGUCAAGUGCCAGCCCGAUGGCCGCUGGUCACCCGCUCUCCCCACUUGCGAGCCAGUGCUGCCUUGUCCUCCUCCUCCCGUCAUCGCCCACGCCACGCACAGCGCCGAGCUCGGGGCAAACUUCACCAGCGGCAUGUCCGUGAGCUACAGCUGCCAGCCCGGCUUCUCCCUCCUCGGAGACCCCUCUGUCUCCUGCACGGCCUCGGGGAACUGGAGCCUCCCGUACCCGCGCUGCGCAGCUGGCUGCAGGACACCGACAACGCUGCUGUUUGCUGAGCUAAACAACGAGUUUAAAAAUCAGACUGAGUUUCCUGUUGGGAAGACUGUGAAGUACACUUGUCGGCCUGGAUACCUGAAACAUCCCCAGAUAUCACCAACUAUUACGUGCCUUGAAAAUCAAACGUGGUCUGAAGCCCAGGAGUUUUGCAAACGGAGAAGGUGUGAUCAUCCAGGAGAACCAGAGAAUGGCAGAGUUAUCGUUAUCACAGAUCUCUUCUUCGGGUCAGCAGUGAAUUACACCUGCAACGAAGGGUACAGGCUGGUUGGAGCGUCCCAGCGGCACUGUGUCACUUCAGGCUCUGGGAGGCGAGUGACGUGGAGCAGUGAUGUUCCCGUCUGCCAGAGUAUCGUCUGCGAUCCGCCUCCGGACAUCCCCCACGGGAGACACAGCGGGCACUCGACGGACACCUUCUCCUACGCGGACGUGGUCACCUACACCUGCAACCCUGGCCACCCGCUGGCUGGAGAGCCCUCCAUCUUCUGCACCACGGUGGACGGGGAGCACGGCGUGUGGAGCGGGCCGCCGCCGCGGUGCGGAGUGUCGCAGUGCUCUGACCCCCCAGCCAUUGCCAAUGGAAAGCAUAGUGGCCAAGCCACGGCAGUUUUCAUCAGCGGCAUGUCUGUGAGCUAUGCCUGCGAUCCUGGCUACGUUCUUGUCGGAGAGGCACAGCUUAAUUGUACUUCUUCUGGAGCCUGGAGCAUCCCUGCCCCUCGGUGUGAAGGACGGCUCUGUCCCUCCCCGUCAGCGAUUGCCCAUGGCCAGCACGAUGGUGAGGAUGUGAAGAUCUUCACCCCUGGAAAGUCUGUAAAUUACAGCUGUGACCCCGGCUAUUCUCUUAUCGGAAAAACAACUCUAUACUGUACGGUCAAUGGAACCUGGAGCAUCCCUUACCCCCGGUGUGAAGAGAUCACCUGCACAAGCCCCGUCAUCCGGAAUGGAGAUGUGGAUGAAGGAUGGAGCGCUGUGUACCGGCCUGGGGCCAACGUCACCUUCCAGUGCCGCCCGGGCCACGUGCUGUGGGGCGGCCCAGAAGUCAAGUGCCAGCCCGAUGGCCGCUGGUCACCCGCUCUCCCCACUUGCGAGCCAGUGCUGCCUUGUCCUCCUCCUCCCGUCAUCGCCCACGCCACGCACAGCGCCGAGCUCGGGGCAAACUUCACCAGCGGCAUGUCCGUGAGCUACAGCUGCCAGCCCGGCUUCUCCCUCCUCGGAGACCCCUCUGUCUCCUGCACGGCCUCGGGGAACUGGAGCCUCCCGUACCCGCGCUGCGCAGUGCUGCAAUGUCCUUCACCUCCAAACAUUGACAAAGGGAAUCACAACAGCCAGGACUUGGAAGUUUUCACUACUGGGAUGGUCGUAAAUUACAGCUGUGACCCUGGCUACAGCCUCCUGGGAGAGGCAUCCAUUUACUGCACCGACUCUGGAAACUGGAGCCUCCCUCUCCCUCGGUGUGCAGGUGGCUGUGGAGACCCUCCAAACUUAACCUUUGCUCAGUUAACUGAGGAAUUCAAAAAUCUGACGGAGUUUCCUGUUGGGGACACCGUGCGAUACAGCUGCCGGCCAGGAUAUAUGAGACACCCUGGAAUGUCCCCAACUCUGACAUGCCUCAAAAACCACACGUGGUCUGAAGCGCUAGCGUUCUGGAAACAGUGUAAAUACCCAGAAGCACCAAAGAAUGGCAGAGUUAUUCUGAUAGAUCUCCUUUUUGGGUCAACCAUGAGCUACAUGUGUGACGAAGGGCUCCACCAGCUUGGACAUCACUUGGAUCUGAGCCCUCAGUUAGCACCUGACCAAUCUAAUCCACAGCAAUUGGAUCAUUGCUGUUCCUCUUGGAUCUGGGAAGGAGGAACUUGGUGUCCUUCGUCCCCAUGUGUCAAACCAACAGAAACACCUCAGGGACCAGCCGGAAUCAGGAGGCUGCAGAAGGAAACCUCUGGGGGCAGUCUCAGAGUGGGAGUGCGAAAUCCUGGUAUCAACUGGUAUUUCUUUCCGUGUAACUCCAGGCACCGACUGGUUGGGCAGUCUCAUAGGCGGUGUGAGGUUUUUGGAGCAGAUGUCGCAUGGAGUGGUGCUCUUCCCGUGUGUCGGAAGGUGGUAUGUCCAGUCCCACAGAUCCAGAAUGGGAGUGUAUUUGUUCUCAAAUAUCGCUACACAUACAAGGAUACUGUCAGCUUUAAGUGCCACGAAGGCUUCACCUUGCGAGGCCACGGCACAGCCCAGUGCCAAGCUGACAGGACGUGGAAGCCACCCGUGCCCAUCUGUGAGCAGGAUGGAGUGGCAGAACAUUAUCAUCAUCCUGAUACCACAAUGAAGCCAGCGCUGCUCUGUUCCAAGCCUGCGGACAUCACCCACGGGUCUCACAGUGGCACAGGAAAAGCGUUUUUCACUCCUGGAACAUCUGUAAGCUACAUCUGUGAGCCCGGCUUCUCUCUCAUUGGGGCAGCAUCCAUUUAUUGCACACAGUCUGGAGCCUGGAGCCAUCCUCCUCCGGUCUGUCAAGUUGUGAAGUGUCUCCAUCCUCCAAGCAUCACCAAUGGGAAGCUCAACGGCAACAUCUCUGACACUUUUUCCUAUGGAGCAUCUGUAUCCUACAGCUGCAAUCCUGGUUAUUCACUCGUUGGGAAUGCUUUCAUUAACUGCACCUUGUCGGGAAGCUGGAACCAGCCUCCUCCUCAGUGCAAAGAGAUCAGAUGUGUAUUCCCAGAAGUUCAAGGUGUUAAGAAAGGCAUAAAAGGAAAUACGUAUCGCUCUGGGAGUAACAUCACUCUUGAGUGCGAUGACGGUUACACGUUGGAAGGCAUCAGUCAGAUUCAGUGCCAAGAGGAUUUCAGCUGGGACCCUCCUGUCCCAGCCUGCAAACUGACAUCACAGAAGUCUGGCUCAGUAGGCCUAGGAGUCGCGGCUGCGGGAGUCCUGCUUCUCCUGGGCACAGGCAUUGUCUGGAAAAUUAUUUCUAAGCAGAAGCAAGGCUACUAUCAUACAUACGAAAAUGACAGUUACCAAACCCCUCUGAACCAGGCAGCUGAACAGAAACGCUCAUGUCUUCCAUAGAUGGCUGGGCACUCCUGCUGCCGCUAACCAGGCAUCCAACCCGAUCUCCGUGCAGGUUGCAUGGAAGCAUUGCUCACGUUGAGACUGAAAUUCUGUGGCAAAAUAGGCACUUUACUGUGGAAUCAAUGUUAAUGCUCCUUCUGCUCCCAUUAAUUACUGUAAGGAUCUAACGAAGUUCAGACUGCACACAGUACAGCUGCUGUUUCAGAGGGAUGUCUGUGUCCUGCUGCCAUCUGACAAAGAACAUUUCUCUAAUUGCAACCCCUGUGAUAAGCAAGACCCAGAAAAGCAGUCCUGCAUGUGUGGAAGUCACCAUUUGUUAAACCAAAGAUUGUCUUAAUAACAACUCU